AUGGGAAAUCAAUGUACAGGCGUUGACGAUUUCUAAGGAUAACAAUUUGCUCCAAACAUAUCAGUUUAAGACGAAGUGUUUGUAGAAGGAAGAGUUCCAAUAGUUGGGUAGAAUCCUAGUCGAUUUAACGAUGAUGAUAUGAUAACGGUGUAUUAAUCAAACAAUAAUAAAUUGAAUUAUGGGAGAAAUUCUCUAGGAUAAGGGUACAUGACAGCCAUGAAAUAUAAUCUAAAAGAUAACAUCUCUAUCUAAGCAUCUUCACAUACAUUGAUGAACUAGCAAAAUGCUGCUCUGAUGAUAACUAUUAAAAGCAAUGAUAUCUUGUUGAUAAAUUAAAGAGGUUAGGAGUGUGUAAGACAAGGAGUAGAUUUGGUUUGUUUAAUUGAUCAUAGUGGUAGUAUGCAAGGAGAAAAAAUAAAGUUAGUUAGAAAAACAUUAAAAUAGAUGCUAACAUUUUUAUAGCCGUGUGAUAGAUUAUGUUUGAUAAUGUUUGAUUGCAAGGUUUACAGAUUAACAAGACUUAUGAGAGUUACUUAAGAAAAUGUUUAAAAAUUCAGAGUAGCAAUAUCGUCACUCUAAGCAAGAGGUGGAACUGACAUAGGGAAUGGUAUGAAGAUGGCCUUAUCAAUUUUGAAACAUAGAAAAUACAAGAAUCCUGUAUCUGCAAUAUUUUUGUUAUCUGAUGGAGUCGAUGAAGGAGCCGAAGAGAGAGUGAGAGAUGAUUUAAUCUAAUAUAAUAUUCGUGAUUCAUUCACAAUCAAAACAUUUGGUUUUGGAAGAGAUUGCUGUCCUAAAAUAAUGUCAGAAAUUGCUCAUUAUAAAGAAGGAUAAUUUUACUUUGUUCCAAAUCUUACUAAUAUUGAUGAAUGUUUUGCUGAAGCAUUGGGUGGUCUGGUAUCAGUUGUAGCAAACCAUGUUCAGUUAUCAGUCUAGCCAAUGCAUUCAAAUAAGGUCUAAAUUAAGAAGGCCUAUGGCGAUAAGUGGACUUAUGAUUCCUGGAAGGGAGUCUUCACUCUCUACUAACCACAUCUACUAUCUGGUGUGAGAAAAGAUUACAUUUUUGAAGUAGCUGAUUACAAGACCUCUGGCAAACAAGAAAUUAGGGUUCUGUUAUAAGCUGAUCCUGUUGAGGGUGGAGAUAAAGUUACUAUUGAAUAAAUUAUUGAACUCUAGAAUUCAGAUUUAUCAAAUGAAGUUCUUCCUAAUUAUUAUAGGGUCAAAGGUGCAGAAUGUUUUGAAUAGGCAAGAAUUUAUGCUGAAUAAGGAUAAUAUUAGGCAAGUCAAUAGAUUCUUAAUAACAUCAAUACAGAAAUUAAAUUAUAAAAUUUCAACGAUCCAAAUCUAUAAGUAGUUCAAACUGAUCUGGAAAUGGCCAGCAAUUUCUGUUAUCCUGGGUAAUUUGAAAAUGAAGGCAGACAUCAUAUGCACUAAUUACACAUUGUUCAUAUGUAUUAAAAAUCAAGGGGGGUCUAAAUUAAUCAAAAUUAACAAGGCUAAGUGAUCAGUCUUGAUUGCCAAUAUUAAAAUAAUCUACAAAAAUAAUAUAAAGAUUAAACUAGGUAAACUAAAUAAAAUGAUCCUAAUUAUUGGAAUGAUUGUUGA